ACGACACAGCUGUUUUGUUGGCAAAGUUACAAAUUCACAAAGUAAUAGGAAAAUAAAGGACAAACAAUUGCUAAAUCUGUAAUCCCGCCAUGGCCACGAACUCCGAAGUGGCGUCGCCGCAGAUGACGGAGCAGCUGGACAAUGAGGAAGUGAGGGAAAUACUGAAAAACACCACCGAUCUGCGCCAGUACUCGCGACAGAUUGAAAAGGAAUUCAAAGAAGUGGAAAAUAAAUCCAUCGAGGAUUACAUUGCCGAGUCCCAGAACAUUGCGAAUCUGCACAAUCAAAUCAACGACUGCGACGAUGUGCUGGAACGUAUGGAGAACAUGCUAAUGAGCUUCCAGAGUGUGCUGAACAACAUCAGCACAGAAAUCACCCAGUUGCAACGUAAGUCCGUGUCGAUGUCGCUGCAGCUGACCAACCGACAGUCGGUGAAGGCGCAGCUCUCGCAGUUCAUUGAGGACAUGGCCGUGUCCGAGGAGAUGAUAACCAUCAUUAUGGAGACACCAGUCACGGAGCGUGAUUUCAGCAGCCAACUGAAUGUGCUCAACCACAAGCUGUCGCUGGUGAAGGAGCUGAGCUUCAAGGAGUCCAAGUCCACCAGCGACGUGAGCGAUGUCCUGCACAAGUUGCGGCUCCGUGCCAUGACAAAGAUUCGCAGCUAUUUGCUGGAGCAAAUCUACAAGUUCCGCAAGCCCAUGACCAACUAUCAGAUACCACAGAAUGCCAUGCUAAAGCACAAGUUCUUUUUCGAAUUCAUUCUGUCCAAUGAGAGGCAAGUGGCCCAGGAGAUAUGCAGCGAGUACAUCGACACCAUGGGCAAGAUUUACUAUAGUUAUUUUAAGAGUUACUCCACCCGUUUGACAAGUCUCAAAUUCGAGGAAUCCUGCACCAAGGAUGAUCUGAUGGGCAUUGAGGACAAUGCCUCCAAAGGUUUGUUCUCCAAGACGACCAGUCUGAAGCACAAGAGCACCAUCUUCACCAUUGGCAAGCGCGGCGACAUCCUCAACCAGCAGCUGGAGGCGCCCAUCAUAGUGCCGCAUGCGCAGCUAAAGAAUCGCUACACAGCGGAGGCGCUGUUCCGCUCCGAACAAUAUGCGCUGGUGGAUAAUGCCUGUCGGGAGUACCUGUUUGUCACGGAAUUCUUUAUGGUGCGUGGCAGCCAGGCGCAGGAUUUGUUCAAUCAAAUUAUGGGCAAAACCUUAACGCUGAUGAUUAAAACCCUGGAGACGGCCAUACACGAUUGCUAUGAUACCAUAGCCAUGUUCCUGUGCAUCCAUUUGAUAUUCCGCUAUCAGCUGAUGUGCCACAAGCGCUGUGUGCCGGCGCUCGAUAAAUAUUGGGAUUCGCUGCAAUCGGUUAUUUGGCCACGAUUAGAGCAUGUCUUUCGGCUAAACAUACAGAGCAUCCAUGACUGUGAUCCCACCAAAUUCAACAAGGAACUAGGACCACACUAUAUAACCCGUCGCUAUGCGGAGUUUAGUGCCGCCAUUGUGGGCAUCUCGGAGCAUUUUCCCAACGAGCUGGUCAGCCGUCUGCUGUUGGAGCUGCAGAAUGAGGUGGAGUGCUUCAUUUUGCGCAUGGCUGCCAUAUUUCCCACACGCAAGGAUCAGCUCAUUUAUCUCAUUAACAACUAUGACCUGGUCCUGGGCGUGCUGAUGGAACACACGCGCGACAACUCCAAGGAGGCGGAGGCCUUCCGCGAGCAACUGAACGCCCGCAGCAAUGAGUAUGUGGAGGAAAUACUGGCACCACACUUCGGCGGCAUUAUACAGUUCGUCAAGGAGUGCGAACACUUCUUUGAGAAGGAGCAGAUGGAUGAGCUGCGUAAGCAGGAGCGCCGCAGCCUUGCUCUGGUGGCCAGCUUCUCGGCCAACUGGAAGAAGUCGCUGGAGGAGCUCAAUCGCGAAGUACUUUUGUCAUUCCCCUCGCUGCUGACAGGCUCACAGCUGCUGCAGCUGGCUCUGGCCAGUCUGGUGCAAUACUAUCAUCGCUUCCACAAGCUGCUCACGCCCAAUGCGCGCGCUCAGUUGACCAACAUCCAUGUGGUAAUGGUGGAGAUCAAAAAGUACAAGAGUAAUUACUGAGGGAGAAGAGGGGAAUCCUCCUUUAAUCCGUGCUG